CAGUGCUGUGUGUGUCCAGCAGGUGUCGCUCGGUGAGAUCUCCGCACAGACGGAAGAAGCUCGGUGCAGCGUCCUCUCCCGGGGUGGGGAGUCGGUGCCGCUUCAUUGAUCGGGGGCGGUCAGGCCGGACGUUGUACAGAGCCUGCUCCGGGCCGCACCCUCCUCCGCCACCACCGUGCACAGCGGGCUCCGGACACACACAUCUGUAUACAGCCCCGGCCCAGCAGCGAGGCUUUGUUGGAAAACCAAGAUGAUGGGUAAAUCAAGCCAUUGUAGUUAUGUGCUGCAGCAACUCUACAAUCAGAGAGAAUGGGGAUUUCUCUGCGACUGUUGCAUCUCCAUCAAUGACAUCUACUUCCAAGCUCACAAGGCGGUCCUGGCAGCCUGCAGCUCCUACUUCAAAAUGAUGUUCAUCAAUCACCAGCAUAGCGUGGCGCAAAUCAACCUCACCAACACAAAGAUCAGUCCGGAUUGUUUUGACCUCAUCCUGCAGUUCAUGUAUCUGGGUAAAAUAAUGACUGCCCCAGACAAUUUCGACCAGCUAAAGCAUGCCAUGACUUACCUGCAACUGUAUGUUAUCCCAGACUGCUUGGAAGAAAUACAGGAUAUGGAUUCCUCCAUUAAAUGUUCCUCUUCUGCAUCUAGUAGCCUAAGUAGUAAAAUGGUCUUUGGAGUGCGUAUGUAUGAAGAAAACACGGCAAAGACUGAAGAGGAACCAGGCAAAUUGACCUCAGAGUCGGCCUUAUCGACAAACGCGGUGCCGGAAAAACAGGCUGAAAACAAUCUGCCACAUCACAGCCGGCAACCAACUAGGAGUUUGUGCAAAAAGACGCCUUCGCCAAAAGUGCAUAACACCAGAGAACGUGGAACAAGGCGAUUUGGACGUAGCUAUACUUGCGAGGGUUGUGGAUUUGUAUUCAGUUGCGAAAAGCUGCUGGAUGAGCACGCUCAAACCUGCACCAACAGGCUCUUUUUUCACGGCAGGGAACAGAAUAGCAACGAGCAGAGCCAGAGCGGAAGCGAAUCGCCGGUGUCAAAGUUUUCACCUUCGCAAGACAACGUGAACAAAGUGGACUCUAGUCAACCGAUGGACGAAGCUGCCGAAAGUACAAAAGACUCCGGAGCCACGUUGGACCAGAUGAAGAGCGACGCGACAGACACUACCAAGAAAAACCCAGUUAUCAUCAAAAUCGAAUCUGAUGAGAAUUCCUUGGCAGAAAUGGAUGACAUCAAUAUUGUAAAGAUCUCUGACAAAGAUUAUUUGGAAUCUUCUGAUAUCGAUGAUUUAGAUGAUGAAGCUGAUGAAGGAGCUUACUACAUUGGUAUACCAUGUAACCAAAGGAACGAUAACGUGGCUAUGAACUCCCAGACCAUGUUUGCGGGCUAUAGAAAAAAUUUGAAGUGCUUAAGUAGGAAAAGAAGUAACGCCACUGAGCGCACAUCAGAGAUAUCGUGUGAACUUUGUGGUUUGACUCUUAAUGAGCAGGACCUCUCAUCUCAUUACCUAGCCAAGCAUAUAGAAAAUAUAUGUGCGUGCGGUAAGUGCGGCCAAAUUCUGGUGAAAGGUAGACAGUUGCAAGAGCACGCUCAGAGAUGCGGAGAACCCCAGGAGGCUUUUGAGAAUCACGAGAGGAACAUGGAUGACCGAGUUCAUUUUGAAGAUGGCAUGGAAGAGUCCUCUGCAGUCGGAGAGGUAUUAGUAGACAUGUGGGAUGACUUAAACGAGGGCGCUGCCAGUACAGCAAAACAGGUCUAUAAACAUUCCUCCUGCCCUUAUCGUUGUCCUAAUUGCGGCCAACGUUUUGAGUCUGAAAACCAGGUAGUAGAACACGUGUCCCAGUGUAUGGAGCACGACGUCUACAGGAGUUCAGUUUCUGAAGACAACGAUCGGGACCAUCGGAGAAAACACUUCUGCGACAUCUGUGGCAAAGGCUUCUACCAACGUUGCCACUUACGGGAACAUUAUACCGUGCACACCAAGGAAAAGCAGUUUUCAUGCCAAACCUGUGGGAAGCAGUUUUUAAGGGAGCGGCAGCUCAGGUUACAUAACGACAUGCACACUGGCAUGGCUAGAUACGUUUGCUCGCUUUGCGACCAAGGAAAUUUUCGUAAACAUGAUCACGUACGCCACAUGAUAUCCCAUUUAGCGGCUGGAGAAACUAUAUGUCAGGUGUGCUUUCAGAUUUUCCCAAGUAACGACCAGCUGGAGCAGCAUAUGGACAGCCACCUCUAUACUUGCGGAGUUUGCGGUGCAAAAUUUAACUUAAGAAAAGACAUGAGGGCGCACUAUAACUCUAAGCACUUCAAGAAAGCCUAGACACAUGUGAUUGGACCUCCUUAGAGUAUAUACCAAAGCUUUAAUUAUUAACAUAGGACUUAUAUAAACAUAGAUUUAACCCAGGAAGCCCACACUUCUCUUAGAUUUAAAUAUGAAAACUUUUUUUUCCAUAUUUUUGUUGGUGGGGAAUGUAUUUAAGCAUCCUUGCAAAGUACAGGUAGCAUCCUUCUGACAAUUUAGCACCAGACAUGUACUUUUAUUUAUAUAUAUAUAUAUAUAUAUA